GGCAAUGUCGUCGCGCUCCGUCUCGCGCUGCACGAAGGCUCCGACCUUCUCCGUCACCACCGCGUCCCAGCUCCACGACGCCAUCGACCGUCUCCUCCCGCGGCUGCGCGCCGACCCGUCCCUCGCCCCGGCCGCGCGCGCGCUCGCCGCGGCAGCCGCCUCGCUGCCGCCCUCCGCCAUCCUAUCCAACCGCCUCCUCCACCUGCUCUCCUCCCACCCCGCCACGCUCCCCGACGCCCUGGCCCUCUUCUCCUCCAUCGGAGCCCCCGACCUCUGCGCCUACAACACUCUCAUCUCCGCGCUCUCCCGCUUCCCGCGCCACCUCCCCUCCGCGCGCGCGCUGUUCGACCGAAUGCCCCAGAGGGACCACUUCUCCUGGUCUGCCCUCGUCUCCGCCUACGCCCGCCACGGCCAGCCCGGGGCCGCGCUCGCGCUCUACCGGCGUAUGUACGAGGAGCCGGGGAACGCCGUCGCGGACAACGAGUUCACCGCGUCCAGCGCGCUCGCCGCAGCCACGGCCGCACGGUGCGCCCGAGCGGGCAGGGAGUUGCACUGCCACGUCGUGAGGAGAGGGAUCGACGCCGGCGGUGACGCCGUCCUGUGGAGCGCGCUCGCAGACAUGUACGCCAAGUGCGGGCGCGUGGACGACGCGAGGAGAGUGUUCGACCGAAUGCCGGUCCGGGACGCUGUCUCUUGGACGGCGAUGGUGGAGAGGUACUUCGACGGCGGCCGCGGUGGGGAAGGGUUCAGGCUGUUCCUCCAUAUGCUGAGGGCCGGAGGUGUUCGACCAAACGAGUUCACCUACGCCGGUGUUCUGCGCGCCUGCGCAGAGUUUGCCGUCGAGAGCUUCGGGAGGCAGGUGCACGGCCGGAUGGCGAAGAGUGGCUACGGAGACUCUUGCUUCGCGGAGAGCGCGCUCGUCCGUAUGUACUCCAAGUGUGGCGACAUGGGGAACGCGGUGCGCGUCUUCGAGGCCACGGCGAAGCCGGACUUGGUGUCAUGGACGGCGGUGAUCUCCGGCUACGCGCAGAACGGGCAGCCGGAGGAGGCACUGCGCUACUUCGACAUGUUCUUGAGGUCUGGAAUUAGGCCUGAUCAUGUCACGUUUGUUGGCGUUUUAUCAGCGUGUGCUCAUGCCGGCCUGGUCGACAAGGGUCUGGAGAUCUUCCAUUCGAUCAAAGAACAGUAUGGCAUUGAGAACACCGCUGAUCACUACGCUUGCGUGAUCGAUCUCCUCAGCCGGUCAGGCCAGUUUGAGCGAGCAGAAGAGAUGAUAAGUAAGAUGGCAGUGAAACCUAACAAGUUCCUAUGGGCGUCCUUGCUUGGUGGUUGCCGGAUUCACAGGAAUGUCCGGUUGGCAAGGCGAGCAGCAGAAGUGUUGUUCGAAAUAGAACCCGAAAAUCCAGCAACAUAUGUAACUCUGGCAAAUAUUUAUGCCUCGGUUGGUCUCUUCGAUGAGGUUGAGGAUGUCAGAAGGAUAAUGGAAUCAAAGGGCGUAACCAAAAUGCCAGCCUCAAGCUGGAUUGAAGUUGGGAGAAGAGUUCAUGUGUUUCUGGUCGGCGAUAAGUCGCAUCCUCAAGCUGAUGAAAUCUAUGCACUUCUGAAGAAGCUUUCUGUGAAAAUGAGGGAAGAAGGGUACGUUGCGGACACUGAAUUUGUUCUCCAUGAUGUGGAAGACGAGCAGAAGGAGCAGGACAUUGGCUACCACAGCGAGCGGCUUGCUGUUGCAUUUGGGAUCAUUGCCACUCCGGAGGGUGCCCCUAUCAAGGUUUUCAAGAAUCUGCGCAUUUGCGGGGAUUGUCAUACUGCGAUUAAGCUUAUCUCUCAGAUGGUGCAAAGAGAGAUCAUUGUCAGGGACUCAAAUAGGUUCCAUCACUUCAAGAAGGGGAGUUGUUCUUGUCGAGACUAUUGGUGACCCGCGCUGCAUAUAUUAAAUAGUUUGCUUCCGACUGGAACUACUAUUAGUUUUUCACGGAUAAUGUUGAUCCGCUGAUCUGAUCAAAGGUGUUCAUAGUUCAAGUGCUGAACUACUGGUUCCCGCCAAAAGGAAAAAAGAGAAGUGUUGAAAUUCUGGAAGAGAUUUUCCUUGCCAGGUUAUCCCGGUCUCCAAACGUUAUUUUUCUUAUCAUUCGUAUCUGUUCUGAUGUAGUAUAUAUGAAUAUUUACAUUGUUUAUUAAAAUAUCCUGUAAAUUUGUACAUUUUGUGCGAUUAUUGGUUGGCGUUAAGUAAUAAAGCAACAAGAAUGAAGA